AUGACGUGCCCACACGUGUCGACCCCCGCAAUGCUAAGUGAAUGGCUGUGCGAUGGCUGUGAGCGACACAAACCGUCGAAGGCUUUCAUUGGCUCUAAAUUAUGCUCUUUUAGUGUUAAGACAACACAUUUGGACACCAAUUGUGAGGACAUUAGCGCCGAUAACAGGACAGACAUAUCGCGCAACCAUUUCUCGUGUUUGACAACUACUGCAUCAAAAGUGGAUCACUUGGGGACUCAUUCACUACAACGCGAUCUUGAAAAUCUGGUGACUAUUUUGAUU